AUGACCAAUUUUAUUGACAAUCACAAUCCCAAGUUCCUACUCGAUAGUCAACAAUUCACUGAUCUGGUAGAGAACACUCACGGUAGUAGUGAUGUAUUAAGCAUUGCUAAAGACUAUGCCCUACAUAUUCCAUCUCUUAUAGAAAUGAUAAAUGAAAUACAUUCGCAGGCUGAAGAUCAAAAUAUGAAAAUUAAAUGUACUAGACUAAGUAAAAAAUUAACUACACAACUGCUCGAGCAUGUUGGUUCAUCUGACUAA